UUUGAACCCACUUGGAAUCAUAGAAUUCACCGAAUGAGUAAUCAAAACCAGGGCUUUGAUGGUGAAGAGUCCUGGAAUGGGUUACCAGUUCAGACUGAUGAGUGUUUGGCUUUAAUGGUCAAAAGGGAAUGUAAGCAUUUGCCCAGUGGUGAUUACUUGAACAGGUUGAGGAAUGGGGACUUGGAUUUGGGGGCCAGAAUGGAAGUUGUGGAUUGGAUUGUCAAGGUCGAUACAGUGGCGUAUCAUCUUUCUGUCUUGAAGGACUUAUUCCCAGGGGGCAUCAACCUUUUAUCUCUGUUCUCUGGGAUUGAUGGUGCAGAAGUAGCCCUACAUCGGCUUGGUAUCCCUUUGAAAAAUGUUGUAUCAGUUGAGAUUUCCGAAGUGAACAGAAAUAUUGUCAGGUGCUGGUGGGAGCAAACCAACCAAAAAGGAAAUCUGAUUGACCUUGCUGAUGUGCAACAGCUCAACGGUGACAGGUUGGAGGAGUUGAUGAAUUCAUUUGGUGGUUUUGAUCUUGUUGUUGGUGGGAGCCCUUGCAAUAACCUUGCGGGCAGCAAGCGUUUGAAAAUCUAACCUUUUUGAGUGCCACUUCAAAGGUGGAUGCCCUUGAAAAAAAACAAUGCUUUCAAGUCUAUGGUUUCAGGGUGGCCUCUUUGUACUUACUUUUUCCAUCACUCAAUAGAAUCCUUUAUUUUAAUUGUCCAUAUAGAUCACUGAAAAUCUCCUUAUAACUCCUCUGCAAUCCAGAGGGAGAAACAGUCUGCAAAGUUGUUAUGGGCAUUUUAGUAAUUUAAGAUAAUAAUAUGAGAGUAUUU